CUUGCACCAGAAGAGAGCGUAUCAUGAAUUGCUUCCUCCUGAUUGCUGCUCUUCUCUGCAGCUCAGCUGCAGCUGUUCAGCCUUCCUGCAAGGAGCUGUAUGCCUCGUAUUAUUUGUCGCAGAAUUUUAAUGAGACGAUCGCGCACACAAUUCACUGCAUGAGCGUGCAAGGCCUUCGUCUUUUCAACCCGAGGGCAAAUGAGGAUAAUCGAGUUCCUACAGUGAACCACAACAUCCAGGACGAAAAAAAGUUAGUGUUACCAUUUGCUCCAGAGGACCCCCGUGGGGAAGAUUUCACCACUGAGACAAUGAACAUCAUGGACGCCAUUUUGAGCCGGAUUGGCAAGGAUGAUGACGGCCUGGGUCCUAAUUGGUCCUCAACUGAGCGAAUCGUACAUAAGUUUCACAUGAUUGAUGUGUGGCAUAGAGUGAGGGAAGUUUACAAAGAAGUUUUAGACAACCCGCCACAGGAUGAUCUAUGCAAUUGCCUCUUGGACACUACAUCAAACGGCAUCUACCAAGCAGUCCACUGGGUUGCAGAACAUUACAAGUCGGGUACACCCAUCACCCUGUUGAACCGACCUAUCCCCAAGCUCAAAGACGCAAAGUCGUGGAAAGUGUGGAAGACUCGUCUGGUGUACUACUACAAGCGACCGUCCUUGUAUGACAGCAGCUUGUUCCUUUACUGCGCUACUAAGCAUUUCUGAGCCGGCCGUGUGUGUUAGCCACAGAAACUCACCUACUACCGGCGUGUGAAAAUAUUAACUGACACGCACAUUCUUGUUCUCUGUCUUGUUCUCUGUGUAACCCUUUGCCCCCUAAGAGUGACUAACAUCUAAUUUCUCCUUACAAUAUCACCCUGAAUCACACAUUAAGGUCAGGAGAAUAAAGGAAAUGAUCACCAACUAAAGAAGCUCUUGAUUGUUUAACAAUUUCUCCGUCGUUAGGAAAACGCGGUUUUUAGAAUAUUAUAGAGAAUAAGCAUACAGUUCAUGUUAGGGCGUAAAGCGUUAAUACUUCACCUACAAACUCUGUUUUAGUUUUUUGGCAUACAGCCUUUAACAUUUCCCCAUAAAAUGACAGUUGUCGAGACACAACAUCUUUCAGCUUAUUUGCCAUGCCCAUUCCUCAUCUCGUGGUCGUUAUAUCGAACUGGUCAUAGCUACAAAAACUUCCCGACCCCUUCCAACAAACACAUUACUUAAUUUCGACUGAGGGAAACGAUUCGGCGUGAAGAUUAGCGCAAUGAAUUCUGGAUGGAAAGGCCUGAUAUGGUGCGUAUACCCUGGCCAGGGUCAGAGUGCGCUGUGUUCUCGGAUCGACAACUGUAAGGGACAUUUUUUGGCAAAGAUUGUGCGUGACGCAGUAAGAUAAGACAAUUAAAUAUUUUGAAGGAAAUAAAAGCACGGGCAC